CCACUGCCCUGACUGAAAUUUGACUACUGCCACGUUAAACUCGUCACUCAUCGUCGCUGGUCGUCGUUGCCAUCCUUUCCAGUCGCUUUCAUCCCAGACUACAUUCGAAUCACCGGCCACGAUGCCAAUUCAUUUCUUCACUGAAUCACAACGGGACGGACGUGCAAGUCUAACCCGAGAACCAAAGGGAAAGGAAAGGGAAUAUGUUGAUCACGUCGAAUUUCCCUAUGAUCAAGACUCUGCUGCAGUGUUGACCGGGUCUACUAGCAUCUCAUCUCAUGAAUCGUUAAGAUAUCCCUAUUUGUAUCCUGCUCAGCAACCGAAAUCAACUCCAAAGCCUACAUCUCCAAGAAAACCUCGCACUUCCCUACUAUUCUCUCUCGUUCGUAAAAAGACUGGUCCGAGUAGCCAUGUUUCUCAAUACGCACAUCCCAUCGUCAUGCCAGGCGUCAUGGAAAUUUCCCGCCCAUAUUCCUAUGUUCAAGAGGAAGAGGAGCGAGAGAGACUCAGAGAUGCUGCUGCUCAGAGCAUCGGUCUCGUUGACUAUGCUACUGCCGAACUCCAAGAGGAUAUUCGAGAGGACCAAGUGCCAACUUCAUCAGCAACUGUUGAUUCACAUAUAUCCUUACCUUCUCCUAUACCUUCAUCACCCAUACCCUCAUCAAUCCCAACCCUCUUACCUCAUCUCCCCCCUUUCCCUACAACCCUCGCUUCCCUCAAUUCACGAAUCACACUCACCGGUACAUUUCUCAAAUUCUGUCCCUCGUCCUCUCUCCUCGUAUAUGCCCUCGCAAAGCAGUGGAAGACAAGAUCUAUAGUCCUCACGACUGCGACCUCGGCCGCGUCACAGACAGUCACACACCUCCAUCUCUUCAAAUCAAAUAUCCCCUCAUCCUCGGAGCUUCACCGCUUACCUAUCACCCAAGACACUACUAUCUAUGUCACAGAGCAAUCUGGACCCAGUGCGAACUCUACCCGGACUAACACCCUUAGCAAACGCGACAACAGGAGCGGAGCAAGAGGCAGCGGAGGCAAGUCAAAUGGCUCAGUCGUUGCUAUUGAGCAAGGCAACAUUAUCUGGCAUUUCGAGAUGCAGGAUCCGAGCGAGAGACAGAAGUGGAUUGGUGCCAUAAAGGCAGUUGUCCUGGGCCAAAGAUCCAUGCGUGCAGGUCUCACUGCAUCACCCCACCUCAGCGGGCACGAACCCCGCGGGGACAUGGAUGUCAUGCUCUCCAUGCGACUCCAAGCAUCAUUAUCUUCCGCCGCAUCUCCUAUAUCACCCCCUGCUUCAUCACCCCACACCUCAUCAUCUCCUUCACCCGUCUUGAUAGGUUCCCCUUCCCUAUCACCGCCCACAUCUCCAAUUAGAGCCUCCCUAUCGUUCGAAGGCAUGCGUUCCCAACCGCACACACGGUCCUCGACACCCAACCUACCUGCAUCUACCGAGCCCUUCACGCGCGCAUCAAGUAUCAGAUCAACCAAGAAAUCUCAAAGCCAAAGCUCCUCCUCCCCAACGCCCUCCAUCCGCCUCCAAACCAAGCGCUCAGGCAACGUCUCCCCUGCCCAACUCUCUCAAACGCAUUCUUCUAAAUCCUCCACGUCUACUACCAAGACCAUCAAAGGCAUGUUCACGCCUCGUUCUCGUUCGCCGUCAUUGUCUCUCAACGGACAAGGACAUGAGCGCGAAAGUGAGCAUGCAGAAGAGAGCUUUGGGACGGUGGGGAGCAGUUUAAUGGGUAUCACCAGUGGCGUGGGCAUGAGCACCAAGAGGAGCAGCUCGCCGAUGCGCCGUUCGGACUCCCCCGUACCUAGCGUGGCAUCGUCAGGACCCGACGAAUCUAGUAUGCACCUGCCAAACGGGAGCAUACACAAUGGGAGUUUGUCUAAUGGUGUAGAUGGGGCCCCGUGCUGCGCGAGUACCAACGGGAGCUUGUCUAAUGGGACCUCGAGCAUGUGCUGUGCGAGCAUCAACGGUAUCCCAGCUUGUGAUCUCAAGAUCGUCAAAGAAGAUGAACGGUGGGCUCCUUCGCCGUCUACGACUCCACCUCUGUCGCACACGCUUUCCCACCCACAUUCCCACUCACACUCACACUCGCAUUCUCUCCACCCGCCCCCGCGGUGCAAGAAGCAGACUUUGGUACACUCACUCACAGACGCGCUAUGCCAGCAAAUGGACGCAAGUACUACGCCUAACAUGGAGACCUCCACCGUGAUCGAGGGCAGCUCAGGUACCGCAGUCACCCCACCACGUCUAUCUGUGCAAACAACUUCCACCACAACUUCCACUGUCGAAAGAUCGGGCUCGUCAGCCUCAUCCUCUGCGCCUUCUCGUCGGUGGUCUCGUACCCUCCCGAAGCGGUUAACGCCCCCCAGCGGCCCGCUACCGUCGACACCACAAGCACCGUGUGAGUCUGAGCCGAGCGUGAGUCCUAGCAGUGCAGGAUCUGAGAAUCCUAGUGCUGCGUUUUGGAAGAGGUCGAGUACGUCGAGUAGUGUGAGUAGUGCGAGUGUGAGGUCGGGGAGUGUGCGGCGGACGAGUGCGGUUGGAUCUUUUAGUUCAGGGGUUGGUAUGGGUUUUGGUGGCGGUGGAGGAAGUAUUGGUGUGGGGAGUAAACGUCGCUCGAUGCCUCCUCCGCGCCCUGCUCCGAGCUUUGCGCCCCCGCCUGCGCCUGAGCAACAACAACAGCCCCAAUCCCAGCCACAGCCCCAGAAAACGCUGUUCAGAACGUCUGUAGCUCAGCGCGCGUUGAGGCUCAGCCUGACUGCACCUCCUCGUCCACCACCUUCAGGUGUCCUUCCACCGCGUCCAGAUGAACCUGCAUACGCACAUCACCGCGAUAGCGCAGAAUUAUCAAUAUCGACAUCAACUCCUCCUCGUCCUGACAGCGCCGCUUCUGCGCGGAGUCUGUCUAUCAGGCAGCGUCUGCGGAUUCUCAGUGCUCCGUCGCCUCCGUCGCCUGUCAUCGCAUUGUACGAUACUGAUACUGAUAACGAACUCACACCCCACCAAAUCACGCAUCCCGUGAUUAUGGGGCCCCCACCUGGUAAUAGGAGCAGGAGCAGGAGCCCCAUCAGCAGCCGUAACAGCACCAACAGCACCACUCAUUCCCGACCCCCAUCGCCUCCCCUCCCAGGCACCCCCAUAACAACGAUGCAGAACCAUCCAAACUUCUUAUCGCUGAAUACGCAAACCCCGCUUCCGACGAUCCCACUACGUAAUCCACUUCGUCAGCCACAACCGCAGCACCUCUCGAGCGCUCCAGAGAUAAUGGCGUUGUCGCCGCCUCCGAGACGGGGGAGUACGCAGCUUAUAAUGCAGUACGUUGCUGAUGAUGGGGAGGAAAGGGAGAGGAUGGAUGGUGAACUUCCUGAUUUUUCGGAUAUUCGAGUGCAUGCGGGGUCGGUCGGGAGUGAAUGAGUCGCGGACGGAGUGUAGAAUGGGGGUGAUGAUCCCUCAAGUUUUUCUGUCAUGAGCUUUGAACUUGACGUGCUGAACUUUUCCAUUCAAACCCUUUUUUUGCAGUUGUCGAGUUCAUGUCUUCCUUUCUUUCGUGGUGGUGCACAUCGUUAACUUAGUCCGCAUAAACGAUUUACAAAUUCAAUGUACAAUAUUGUACACAUACAUUACAUAUAUGCCAGCAUCUCCCGAGGCGCUGUGCUGUGUUGUCGUUAUCUGUUGUUCAUUAAUGAUUGGUAGACCUUGUGGAAUCAGAUAUUUCGGUGUC